GUACUGUACUAUAAGUGAGUCUAUUUGGUGUGCAUUUGCUGUGCGUUUUGUGUGCAUUCAAUGCAUUGUCUGCAUUGCUUUCACUAGUGCUUCACUGUAUCCACUAAUCCACUGUUGUUUCACUUAAUUGUAAUCAUCUCGUGAUUGACAUCUUCGGCAGCGACUGGUCUUGGGAUCCGAUCAAGUGUUUGGUCUUAAGUGACAUAACGUUUACCAAUACAAUAGACUCAGCAAACAAUUAAUUUAUAUGACGUCUCCAUUAAGUCUUUUCGAAUUUCCGGUUCGACACAAUCCUCAGUCAGAGAUCUAUUCUAUAGACACAACAGAUUGUAUUCAAUCCAAACGGAUAUCAUUAAUAUCUUCACUGUUUAUGCCUUGUCAUCGAUCACCACAUCCGCCAAAUCUCUUAAAUUCGCGGUAUUUAUCCGGUAGUGUUAGCGCCGGUAGUCAACGAAAAUUACAACCGUUUCGGUCGUGACUUUGAAUCCCAAUCCAAUCCAUUGUAUUAUAUGUUGGGGUCGCCCGUCAUUCGGUCCGAACACUCGGCAGUCAUUUCCACACAAAUAAAGCCCCAAAACAUUUCAAAUUGCAUUCAAUUUCAGUCAAAACCAACAUAUUAUUAGUUCUCAUAUUAUUAUUAAUUAGAGUUUAGAAGUCUUAGUUUGGGUCCGACAUGGGGUCCGUCAACGUUAACCGCAAUCUUACCGAUCAGUUCUAUCGCUACAAAAUGCCUAAACUUAUUGCCAAAGUCGAGGGCAAAGGCAAUGGCAUUAAGACAGUGAUCGUCAAUAUGGUUGAAGUGGCGAAAGCUCUGAAUCGGCCGCCGAUGUAUCCAACCAAAUACUUCGGGUGCGUAUUGGGUGCACAAGUGAAUUGUGAUCUCAAGAAUGAGCGCUAUAUCGUGAACGGCGCUCACGAGUCGAAUAAACUCCAGGAUCUGUUGGACGGAUUCAUUCAGAAAUACGUUUUGUGCAGUUCUUGUGACAAUCCGGAGACCGUUCUCACAGUGAGUCAGAAGAAGGGAACCAUAAACUCGAGUUGUAAGGCGUGCGGACACAGCGUUAUGCUUCCGGCGACCGACAAGUUGGCCACUUAUAUACUCAAAUACCCGCCCAAUCAAGUGAUAGCAUCGGGUGCUUCAGUACAACCGGGAAAGAAGAGCAAACGUAAGGCCAAAGAGGAGGGCAAGAAGAAUGGAGACUCCAAUGACCGCAAUAGUCCUCAACACGAAUCCGAUGAAUUCAAUGACGAACUCAAUGGCGAUGACGACGACUGGUGCGAAGACACUGAUGCAGACGCUGUGGCCCGACGUAUGGAAGAGUUGAGUGUCGGCGCCAAAGGGCUUAUGCUUAACGACGACUUGGAGAAGACAUCCGAAGAACGUCUGCAGAUCUUCUUCGACUUCACUAAAAAAAAGAAGAAUGGAUUCAAUGGACCAUUGGAUGCGUCGCUGCAGAAGGAGAUCAUAGGCGAAGCGGAACGGCUUGACGUUCGAGACAAAGCUGUGAUCGUGUUGUGCGAACUCCUAUUCGAUGACCCGUCGAAGAUAUUGCAGCAAAUCAAGACACAACGGGUCCUCUUUUUGCGCUUCACAACUGACAACAGCAGAGCUCAGAAGUAUUUGUUGAGAGGCAUUGAGCUGACGGUUAAGGAGUUUAAGGAUCAGCUGAUACCUCGUGUGCCUCACAUUCUGAAGCAGUUCUACGAUUUGGAUAUUUUGGAUGAGAAAGUGCUGCUCGAAUGGGGCUCUAAAGUUCAGAAGAAAUCGGUGGGCAAAGAGAUCGCUCAAGAGAUCUACGAGAAGGCGCAGCCAUUCAUCAAAUGGCUUAAAGAAGCGGAAGAAGAGGAGUCGGACAGCGAAGAGGACGAGGAGGAGAUUGAAGUGGUAUACGAUGAGCGCAUACGUCCGGACAAAAUCAUACAAAUCGAGGACAAGGAGGAGCCGAAAGCCAAAGCCAAUGACUCGAAUAACAUCCAGUCGGCCACCGAUGACAUCGAUAUCGACGCCAUUUAGUCGACACUAUUCUACGUCAAAAUGAUUUGCUUUUAUGACUUUAUUUUGUGUUUAUGAUUUCAAUUUAAUUGUAAACUUAUUAUUAAUUUUAUUGCUAUAAUAUUAUUGAUUAGUUUUAAUCUCAAUUCAAUUCCUUAUUAUUUAAAACGAAUGGUUUGAUUCAAACAUCCAUUUGAUUGAUUGAUUCUGUCUUAUUAUCUAAUAAAUUGAUAAAACUUUGCAUUCAAAA